CCUAACCGUUUGGGGCAGUGUGAUCCAUAAGGUGUGAUCUGAGUCUGGUGUGGUGUAGUUCUAAUUUAUUCCCGCCUAAGUUUCCGGGCUUUGCUGCUUCCUAGCAACCAGCAGCCUCACUUGGAUACCAACGGUGCAGCGCGCAGGCGCACUCACUAAUCAACAACAUGGAGCCCGAAGAGAGUCCUAGAGAUGGGAAGCGUAUAAACAGAACAAUGGAGGAGUGGUACCAACUUCCUGCAGAAGAGGACAGCAGUCAGCUGCCACCUCAAGAACUCUCUCAGCAUAACGCCUCCUAUGGUCAGACUGGCAGAGGGGCUUGGGGCCUGCAUCACCCCAAUGACCAGUCCCAGUCACUGCAGCUAGACUUUCAGGACAGUCAGCUGUCUCCAGCACUUACUCUCUUGCCUGCCAAGACUGGCAAAUUUUAUGCCUCGAAUUCCACUCUCAUGCAGCAGACGGAUCUUGAGUUUGCUCCUCUAAGGGGAUCCCCAGACUUCUCAGUCCUCUCUGAGAGACUCUCCAUGAUGCCUUUGGUUGGUGGUGCCACAGGCUUUGGCACACCGGCUGUGGCUCAUAGCACCACGUUAGGCCACGCAUCUCUUUCGCAGCAUCCUCUGGGAGAGGAUGAGGGAAGCAGCUGUUCUCUCUCUCAGCACAGCCUGUCUCCGGGUGAACGCCACCAGGUUACACCGGGACGUGAGUAUGAGAGAGACAGUGCAGAAGACCAAGGCUACGAGAGGCGAGGGGAGGGCGAGGAGGAGGAAGGCGAGGAGAGGAGCGCUCCGCGUGGGAGAGAGGAGGAGGACGACGAUGAUGACGGGUCGUUUCUGAACAGCAGCGUUCCAGCACGCACCUUGCUGGAGCUCCUGGAGAAGGACGUGGGUGUGGUCAGCAGCAGUAGUGCCGUUUCCUCCGCCUCCGAAACCAUUUUUAGCCAACCAGAACUCAUCCACAAACAGACUGACACCACUCACAACCAGUCGGGGCUCAGUCGGACCAGAGCAGACUUUGCUGACAAUCAGACGGUGCCGGUGAAUCAACAAAGAAACUCGGACCUAUUUCAAACAGGCCCCUCUGUGUCCUCUCUUGUGCGGUCUGCCGAAAGUGCCAUCUUUCGGGGGUCCAGCUCAGGUGGCAGCACAGAGGAGGAACCUUCCAGAAACCCGCCUGGAGUCCGAGAGUGCCCUCAAGGGGACGCGUCGGCCUCCCCUCAACCCACUCCAGCACCUGGCACGCGAGUGGACAGACGCUCGUCAAAUCGCUCGUCCUCCUCUCAGCUGUUCGACACUUCCAACCUCAACAUCUCUGGGCGCGCAAACCGCACGGCCGACAUCUCCAACAUCACUUUUCGCUCUUCGGGCAGCAGGCCGGACGCCUCCACCGACGCCCUGCGCGCGCAGCUGUUGUCUGAAAGUUGUGCAGUGGCCUCCAGGAGCCCCCACGCUGGCCCAGAAGAGCGAUCUCCACCCGAGCUAAGCAGCAGGUCAACCAGGCUGGCGCUCCAGGGGGCGACAGGCUUCUCCAUCGAGCGCGGCCACCGCGAGAGGAUCCUCUGGCAGUCAGGCAACCAGACAGGGGUGGACUCGUCGUUCCUGACGUCGCAGCCGGCCUUCCAGUCCACGCCGUCUGUUGUCAUGACGGCGCCCAACCGGGCCAGGGGAGUGCUGCUGGCCGGUGCCGGCGCAUCCUACUCACAGUCACCGGUGCUGCCGACGGACACGUCAAUCUUGCCCCGCCCCAGGAUGAGCGAUACGCCACCUGUUGGUGCGGCGGAGGCCAGCACGUCGCAGGGUUCGCGGGGGUCACUGACGGGAGGCGAGGUGGGCAGCCUGCCCAGUCUGAGCUACGUGCAGAAGGUGGACGCGUGGAGAGCCAACCAGAGCAGCAAUAGGGCCUUCAGUGACGAGCUGGAGCUGCAGGGACCUGCGGAGGACGACCAGGAGGUCGAUGCUAACGCUAACGCGAGCGUUAUUGCCGAGCCAGCACCGGGGAAUCACCCCUACUCGCCCUUCUCCCAGCCCAGGGAGGACUCUGGAGCUGAGGGCAGCGCUGGAGGGGAGGUUGGGCCCCCAGGUGGAGGAGCAGCAGCAGCAGGAGGAGGUGGAGGAGGAGGUGCAGCAGGUGUUGUGUCUCCUCCUGGACGCUCCCACUCCCACUCUUCAUCCCUGGCAACUGUGGUCACUUCGAUCCAGCACCAUGCAGCGGCGCAUAGUGACGUCACGAACGGCCCGCAGUCGGCCCGUGGUGAAGAGUCAGUAACCAGGGAGGAAGUGGGGCCACAGGGAAGGGCUGAGCCGUCCAGUCAGAACGGCCAGAGGUCAAGCGCCAUCAUCCUGGGCCACUUCAGCGACGUGUCAUCAAGCCGCGACACAGGCCACAGCCUCUCCAGCCCACAGGGUAGUUUCCAAGGCGAGGGAAGUGUUAGGGCAUCUUUUGGAGGGGCCUCAUCAGUAAUGAGUCUGGAGGUGGACAACUACGCUCCAUACUGGACCUCAAUGCCAUCAACUCCCAACAGAGAGAGAGAGCUGAACAUUGAGGAUAGGAUUCCGGUUUACCUUAAAAACCUGGCAAUCAACCAAUCACCAUCCACAAUACUGACCCCGUUUGCUCCUAGAGGACCAAUUAGAGAGCCAGAAUUUUCCCCUACUGACUUGUGUACCAUUAAAGGUUCUACAGGCACUCCUACCAAGAGCACUCAGCCAUCUGAAGGUGAGAGUCCUCCUGAUAAAGGGGAGUUUUCUCGGCUCUCUCAAGGCUCCAGCGGCUCACUGCCCCUCAGCACAGGCCGGCCCAUAAUGCACCUCUCCGACCAGGACCGGCCGCCCAGUCAGGGCAGCAUACGGAUGACGAGGAGUUCUUCUCACACGCCACCAGAAUCCCCUGGCUCAUCGGCUGCAUCUCUCCCGUCUCUGGCGCCAACUCACCAGAUGCCCUCUGGAUCAGGGCAGGAGUCGGCCACAGCACCUCCCCUCCAGCCUCCCCAGCCCAGAGAGGAGGCCCCAGGACCCCAGGAGGCGCAGCUGCCCCAGCUGCCCCAGAGGAGCCCCAGGCGGGACCAACCACAGCAGCAGCAGGCGGAGGAUUGGCUGGUGGGCUCUAGGACCCUGCAGGAGAUCCGGCAGCUGCUGGGGCGGGCGGAGAGUGUGCUCUCCCUCAAGUCCUCCCUGACCACCUCGUCGGGCUCGGACUCCUCGCUGCUGCAGUCGCUGCGGAGGAAGAUGGAGGAGCCCGGCUUCACCAACGACACAUUCGGCUCCUCGCAGCUCUGGGCGCGCUCCUCGUCGGACUCCAUGCUGAGGGACAGCUCCGUCUCAUCGUCCGAGCCGAGCAGGUCGCUUGGGGCGACCGCUCAGGCUCCCGCUGACCUAUCCUGUGUGCCUGGAAUCAGGGAGACGGGACUCAAGUCCCAUGCGGUCAGGAGAGCAGAGCCUGAAGGCUGUAGCGCUACUGACCCUGACAGGGCGGCUCCCGCAGUUCUGCCAGCUGCGCAGGCCCCUGCCCCGACUCCUCAGGAACAGGAAGAAGAAGAGGAGGCAGCGAGCUCAUCGAUUGGUCCGGAAGAGCCUAGCCCCGCGCCAAGUCACGCGGGCGUGGAGCAGGCCAGUGUGAGCGACAGCAGCGAGGUCAGUGAAGGGUCGCUGAGCGCCAGGGUUGCUAGGCUGCUGCACGAAGAGUCACCCGUGUCCAUGGUGACCAGCCGGGCAAGCACAACGGAUACAGAUGAGAGCAGAGCGAGAGAGUGGAUUUUGCUAAAGGCGUCUGGCCAGAGGUGUGAAGCGCUGCACCUGAACACAGAGGACAGGCAGAGGGUUGAGGAGAUCAAGAGAGAGCUACUGCAGCACACUAAGUCCCAGUACAGCACGGACUCCGAUGGCAGCGCUCCAUCCAGCGUUGGGGCGACGUCCGGCCCUGCUCCCGCCUCCUCUCAGCGCACAGAGGGCUUCCUGGCGGUGCGCUGUGCCGAGGAGCGCCUGUCCGACCAGCUGCAGCGCGCCGGCCGCAACCUGCUGGCGUCCACCAGAGUCGCACUCGGCUCGCCGCCGGCGGUCAGCCCGGACCUGGAGGCCCGCGUGCAGGAGAUUGCGCAGAGGGAGGGUGUCCCGCUCGGACCUCCGGCCUCGUCCCGCUCGCUCUCGCCGCUCACGUCCAUCACCAUAGCGACGGCACGCCACACCCCUUCCCCGUCGCCUCUGCCCCCCAACGUGCCCCCCCAGCAGCAGCAGCAGGCCGAGAGCGCCAGCGUGAGCACACAGACGCAGACGCACACACUCCGCUUACAAACACACACACCCCCGCCCUCGGACACGGAGUCGGACAGUAGCGUCUCAACUGCCGAGCCGCACCUGCACAGCGCGCUCGAAGUUUACGCCCUCUCGCAGCACGCGCUCUCGCACGCGCACACACACGCGGACGAGCCCGGGGCCGAGGAAGCUGAGCGGCAGGGAGAGACAAACACCGUGGAGACGUGCCAGGUCAAAGGUCAGAUGGAUGAGGUCACCGGGGGUUGGGGUCACCAGUCACCCCUGGCCCCGCGCCACUCGUCCACGCACCUGCGCCUGACCCUCUCCCCCAAACCCAGACCGGUUCAGAACGGCUUGGACAAACCCCAUUAUGGGAUGGCCCCUGUGGAGCUGGACCAGGACCAUGCAGUGAGAUCGGCCCAGACUGCCGAGACCUUGUCCACAAACUGGACCGAUGGGCCCUCGCUCGUAGCCCAGUCUUUCCCACAAGAGGACUCUAUUAGGCUGCCCAAUCAGGAAGCCCUUAGAAAUGAAACUCCGACCCACAAAGUGGUCUCCACAGCAAACAGUCCAGUUGCGGAACCACUAAGACCCACCCCCGAGUCCUCGGUGUCCAGUCAGACGCUCUCUGAAGAGCAGGGGCCAAUCAAAAGCCAGUUUGGUGCCACAGGCCCAGCCUCUAUCCAGAUCAGCUCCAGCAGCAGAUACCCACAAUCCUUCACUCCACCACAGAGACUGACACAGCCUUCACCACGACCCAUGUCUGUUUAUGCACCUGUUCCGCCACCAAUUCUGUUGCCAUAUAAACCGCACGGCAGCUCUGAGCUCUUCUACAUCCCCAAGACUGACACCCAGCUCUCCCCCAACCGCUCGGACACCACCGUAGAGAGUACACACACGGGCUCAGAUGAUGCAGUUCCCCCACGCUUCACCGUAGACAUCCUGGGCUCCAGAGACCUGGAGCCUGUUCCAGCCUUACCCAAACACACAGAGGGCAUCUACAGCAAGAAGAGAGGCUUUAGUGGGUAUGAGCGCGCCGGCCCUGUGGGCAAGCAGGGGGUCGGGGUGACCGUCACAGGGAGGAGGAGGGAGGAGGAGGAGGAAGAAGAGAUGAUGGGAGAGCGUGCAGGGGAGGAAGAGUUCAGGCCGCUGGCCAUGAAGAUGGACUUCAGCAUGCACAGCCUGAGGCUCCACACCAGCACACUGCGAAACCUCCCCCCAGCGCACGCCCCUGCUGACCUACACCAGAACCAGCCAGUCGCGCCUCCGCACCCACGGGAACGGGAAGAACGCGCCCACAGGGAGCAGACAUCCCGGGAGAUUGGCGGCUCCCUGGAUCAACUGUGGCAGCGCUUCAGCGAGAGCUGGAGCCGGGACCAGGGCCGUUCGGCCAAUGAGAGGGAGACGUCGCUGCUAGAACGCCUGGAACGCCUGUCGCGGCUCAUCAACAGCAGCUCGCUGACGCACGGCUCCACGAUCGCGCACUCCCCCGCCAAACAGGCCGUGGACGCAUCGGUCAGCACACAGACGCAGACGCAGGCCAAGGGCCAGGACCAGCCCGAGCACGCCAGGGUGGAGGCCAAGAGAGCAGAGAGGGGGAAGAGCAAGAAGAAAGGGAGGAAGGAAAAAGAACCUGGAGUGGAGGAGAGGAAGAAGGGAGCCAGGGAGGAGAGUGAGAAAAGAGGCAGAGCUCCACGACUGGCAUGGGCAGAGUCGGAAACUCCGUCGUCCAGCCACGCGCCAGAGGAAGAGGAGGGGGAGGUGGACGAGCCGGAGAGACUCGAGCGCUGCCCGGCAGAGAGAGACAGCAUCUCCACGGAGACCAGUCUGUCCACCAUUGACACCCAGCGACUGUUGCGGGCGUUCGGGCCAAGCCGGGUGAGGCCCCUGACGGCUGGGGAGAGGGCCCCGGAGAGCCUGCUCAAGCUCUACAGCAACAUCCACAAGCAGAGGAGCGCGGUCAACGAAUCCUCCACGGUCACUCUGGACUCGUCCUCAAGCGGCUCCUCACUACCUCCUCACCCACGCCCCUCAGGCAAGAGGCCAAAGGUCAAACUCGUCAGCAGAGGCGUGCAGGCAGGUGACCUUGAGAUAGUGAGCAAUGGAACACGGCGUCACACACGUGAUGUGGGCACCACCUUUCCCUCCCCGCACCCCACCCCCUCCAGCCAGGCCCAGCAGCCAGCACUGCCCCCGCAACACAGCUUCAUGAAGGAGAGGCACAAGAAGAAACAGCCAGAAAGCCAUCCUCCUGGCCCAGGCGUGUCUUGGUUUGUUCCGGCUGAGGAGCUGAGACUCGACUCUCGUAAAGAGAACCGCCCGGACAACAAGAACAUUCCGGCAGCUGGUCCCACCUGGUUUGAGCACUACAGCAGAACCCAGCCGUGGCGAGAGCCGCUCCGAGAGCGACAGAACCAAGACGGGCGAGGGAGAGAACCGCAGAGAGAGAAGGAGAACCAGGAGGACCGGGAGCGGCCGCAGAGACAGCAGCAGAGCUGGGUGGACAGGGACAUACAGGCACUUGAGCAGAGGGAGAAGCCUGCUGAGACAAACAACAGCAUGGACACACACCGCAAACUCUCUGCCCUGGAGCGCCUCUCCCUGCAGGAGGCGCUGGCGUUCCGGCGGCCCGAGUUUGUGUCCCGCUCACGUGAGCGUCUGAAGAGGCUGUGUCUGCUGAAGGAGGAGCGCCGGCUGCAGGCCCAGUUCAACCUCGAGAGAGAGACGCUGUUCAACCGCCCCCCGCUCACACGCAGAUACACCCACAACACCGCAGUGCCUGACCCUCCCGUGAAAAGAGCCGUUCCUAAGAAAGAGAUGUUUCAAAGAUCUAAACAUGGGACAGGGGAAAGAGCAGUCAGUAGCACAAUGCAGAGCAGCCACAGACUGGCGAGAAUUUACUCUCAGCUGCCUGAGGUGCGCAGACGUAAGGAGGAGGAGAAGAGGAAAGCUGAAUACCGCGCCUACAGGCUCAAUGCCCAGCUAUUUAACAAGAAAAUCACCAACCGAGUGCUUGGACGAAGGACUCCAUGGCAGUGAGAGUCUGAGACAUCAAGGACUCCAACAAACUUCAACAAAUAAACAGUUUUCAAAAACACAAACCCAGCCUUUUGGCACAAACACUCCUCAUUUGGCGGCUGAAAGACGGCGUCUGUAAUCACCAAAGCAGCUCAUUGAAGGCCAGCGGUGCCUCUCUGUGCUCUCUAUGACCUCAUCCACGCUCUAUUAGGAAUGAUUAGGAGUCUGGCCUUGAAACUGUGACUGAGCGUGACUCAGUGACUCCAGCACUUCAUCACCAGCACAUUGCAGUCCCACCUGUUUCCUCUGCAGCUACCGCCGCAACUGUUGGUUGGUUGGCGCAUCGCAGCUGGACGUCUUUUCUGUGUGUUUUUUUAAGGUGUGUCACAUUUUUUUACAGGCUCAAAGAUAAUGUGUACUUAACUCUGAAACAUCAGAGUAUUAUAAGAAGGCCAAAUCAGCAAGCAAAUGAUCAAAUUGUGCCUGAAUGCCGUUUGAUGCCCUUAAUAUAUCUAUGAUUUUAAUGGUGUGAGCACUCAGUAGUAUGUGAAUGGAGAACCUAAAGGGACAUGGGCAAAAAAAAAAGUGUUUUUAUUUUUUUACCCAUAUCCCAUUAGUUCCCCCAUAUGUUUGUGUUUGUGUGUGUGCCUUUGUUUGCUUGUUUGUAUUGUUUGUGUUUAACCCUUUCUGCUUUUAAAGCUGAUUAUGUCAGUAUGUGUGGUUGAUGUAUUGAUGUUUGUACUGUUUUACAAAUCCUUGUUUUUAAAAUAAAUGCAGGCUUUUAAUAAGAACAAA